UCUCCGGGCGCCGAGGGUGAGGACCGGCGGCGGGGGGCUUCCUGGCUGCGCGACCGCUCUGGGUGCCGGAGGGCGGAAGUGCCGCGGCGCAGGGUUCGGGGCUCCGCGCCGGUGGUGUCGGCGGCCGCGCGGGCUCUCGGGGACUGCGGGGGCUCGGGUGUCGGCGCGGGGACUCCGCGUGUGCGGGCGCUCUGCGCCGCCGCCCCGUCCUCGCCGGCCCCGAGCGCCUGCAGCGGCGCUGGCAGCCCGAGGAGAAGGCGGCGCUCCGGUUUGGCUUUGGUUGUAAAAAGAAUUUAGCCUAUAUGUACUGCUUUGCUCAUUGGAAGAAUGACAGAUGACAAAGAUGUGCUUCGAGAUGUGUGGUUUGGACGAAUUCCGACUUGCUUCACCCUGUAUCAGGAUGAGAUAACAGAACGGGAGGCAGAACCCUAUUAUUUGCUCUUGCCAAGAGUAAGUUAUUUGACGUUGGUAACUGACAAAGUGAAAAAGCACUUCCAGAAGGUCAUGAGACAAGAAGACAUUAGUGAGAUGUGGUUUGAAUAUGAAGGCACGCCACUGAAAUGGCAUUAUCCAAUUGGUUUGCUCUUUGAUCUCCUCGCAUCAAGUUCUGCUCUUCCUUGGAACAUCACUGUACAUUUUAAGAGUUUUCCAGAAAAGGACCUUUUGCACUGUCCAUCUAAGGAUGCAGUAGAAGCUCACUUUAUGUCCUGUGUGAAAGAAGCUGAUGCACUAAAGCAUAAAAGCCAAGUAAUCAAUGAGAUGCAGAAGAAAGAUCACAAGCAGCUCUGGAUGGGACUGCAGAACGAUAGGUUUGACCAGUUCUGGGCCAUCAAUCGAAAACUCAUGGAAUAUCCUGCAGAAGAAAAUGGAUUCCGCUAUAUCCCUUUCAAAAUAUAUCAGACAACAACAGAAAGACCUUUCAUUCAGAAACUUUUUCGUCCCCUGACUGCAGAUGGGCAGUUGCACACACUAGGAGACCUCCUGAAAGAAGUUUGUCCUUCUGCCAUUGCUCCUGAAGGUGAUAUGAUCAGUAAUGUGAAAACAUUUCUCUUUGCCACUAAGAUGCUCAUUCUUCAUUCAAAACAGCACUUCUUGGAUGGGGAAAAAAAGAACCAAGUGAUGAUUCAUGGAAUUGAACCGAUGUUAGAAACACCUCUGCAGUGGCUGAGUGAACACCUGAGCUACCCAGAUAACUUUCUUCAUAUCAGUGUCGUCCCCCAACCGACAGAUUGAGGGAUCAACUCUGCCUGAGAGGAAUCACCCCGAGACAGUUUACCAGAGCAUGUUGUCACCCUUCUGCUUCAGUCAGGUUUGGUGGAAGCAACCUGACCAGAAACACUGCUGCGAGCCAAACAGGAAAAAGAUUCCAUGUCAGAUAAGGGCGCUCGGGCUGGUCUGACUCUGCAUUACCACUGCUUUUCCUCCACUGCCCCACUGCCGUCAUUAAACCUCAGCUGUGACAUGAAACACUCGACAGGACCAUUGCGAGCCUUCUGUUUUCUUGUAAAAUAUAACGAAGCCGAAACCUUCAGCCUAAGAAGAAAAUGGAAAUAUGUGCUACCUGAUUGGUAUUUCUGAUCAGCAAAUAAACAGGGGUAUUUCCUAAGGUGACCAGAGGUGAACUUUAGCUUGAGGGAGUGGAAACAUUGGUUUAAUUUUCAAGAGAAUUAGACUUAAGAAAGUAAAAGAGAAAUUCUGUUAUCAAUAACUUGCAGUAAUUUUUUUGUAAAAGAUCAAAUUACAGUAAACCCAUCUUUCCUUAAUGAAAAAAUUUCCUAUGUUUACAGUCUGUCUAUUGGUAUGCAAACAAUCUUGUAACUUUGAUAAUGAACAGUAAGAGAUUUUUAAAUAAAGCCUCUAAAUAUG